AUUCUUUUGAUUGCUUUUGUUGUGUGCGCUCUCGAGCCGUCGUGCUGCGCUGUCUCAGUUUUCACGAGUUUUGAGAGGCGUUGAAUAUUUAGAAGUGAUUUAUAGAAUUCGGCGCUGAACUGGCUGAACUGGAUACAAAGCUGAUAAAUUUUCCAUUUUUGUUCAGGGCCCUAUAUACUAAAGUGCAAAUAUACUCCUCUUCAAAUCUUCGGCUGCUACGGCACUUAAUCAGUGUGAGACCAGCCAGCACUAACGCUCAUCACCAUGAGCAGCAGCCUGAUGGCCGAGGAUGAGUGUGAGGUGGAGCUGCGUGACCUAGUCACUGAGGCUCUGGAGAACAAUGGGGUGCUGCCCAAACUACGGGCUCAGCUGCGGGCCAGUGUGUUCUUGGCUUUAGAUGAAACAGCGGGCUCAGGUAGCGGUGACCAGUCAUCCCGCUUUCAAAGCGAGGCACUGCUGAGCGUAGCUGGGCGCCCAGUCGGCAGGCGCUGUCUGGCACUGGUGCGAGAGCUUCUGGCCUGCCUCCAGCUGGACUGUACAUUGUCUGUGCUGGAUGCUGAGCUGGAGUCAGUGGCUGGCUGGCGGGAGGAGCGGCCGCGGCUGGCGGCGGCGCUGGGUCUCAGCCCGACCGAGCACGAGCCAGUGCUGGUCGCGCUGUUGGAGGCCCACAGCGGCGCCAGCGGCGGCGGAGCUACGACGUCCCCGCCGGCCACCGGCACCAGCACGGGCGCCGCACCGACCCCCGACCCGGAGCCGGCCUCGGCCGCCGACUCUGGCCCGGCCGCCGGCAGCGGCUCCGCCUCGGCAUCCGACGAAGAGGACUCGUUCUUCGACAGUCUGCCGAAGGUGCGCAGCCUGGGUGUGUCGCGGCCCACCGCCGAGCCGCCGCCGCCGUCCCUGCCCGCCGCACGGCCGGUGGGUGAGCUGCCCCCGCUGACCGGCCGCGGCACGCUGCCGCCGCUCCGGCACGGCCAGCUGCCGAGUCUCUCCGCCGCCCCCGCUCCCGCCGAGAAGCCGCCUGCCGAGCCGGAGCGGGACGCGACCGACGGCAGCAUCUCCGAGGACCUGGACCUGGGCGGCGACUCGAUCCUCUCCGAACUACAGUCGGAUGGCCUCACUGACGACGUGUCCAUAAAAUCAACGGCAGACUUGCAGGCUGACGUCAUCGAGAACAUGUAGCGGCAGGUGAUGAAUAGGCUCUUCAUCACUCCAUGGACAGACAUUGGCGCGAUCCGUCCAUGGUUGCGGAACCUUGAAACUGCUCAUAUCGAGGCGUGCUGUGACGGGUCCAGGACAGAACAACCGACAACUGUGGUAUGAUCGACGGAAUGAAUGCUUGUCAGCGAUGGACGUGAGUGAAUGGAGCUCAUUGAUGGUCCUUGUUUGAGACGAACUGUCGGUUUUUCUUACCCCCGAGGACCCACGGCAUCUGCGUCAGUCUGUGGACAUGAUCCGUCAAAACAUAGUCCGUCCACGCAUCUUGGUGACGCGCGUUCAUGCGGUGUUCUGUGCCAUACCAUAUCGCGCUGUCUCUGUAACUGCGGCUGUGGAAUGUAGAUUCGAGAAGUGUGCUGCCGCCGUCAUUCAACGGACAUUUGUAAAUAGUUCGAGUGCUGGACAUCAUCCGUUCUAUCUCACUUCAUCAUCAUAAUGUGUGUCAAUAAACAAGUUUGAUGUGCUUA